AGAUAGAUAAUUUCAUUUCGUAUUUAAACUUACAACAAGUCAGAAUUUAGAUUUGAUCUUGCGAAAUGGAAAAAUUAAAUGGAAAAUGGCAAAUGGUCAAAGUUAGUAACAACUAUAAUGAUGUCUUAAAAGAAGCUAAAUUUACUGUGGAAAUGGUUGAUAAAACUGAAAAGAACAUAGUAACCUACAACUACAAUCCAACUGAAAACACAAUGGAAAUUUCCAUUGAGGCGAACGGAGAAGAGCUUUGUCUCAUAAACGGUAAAAUUGGAGGCGAAAGUUUUGACGGAAAUAUGGUGGAUGGAAGACCAGCUAUUAGAACAAUGAAAUAUGUGGACGGAAAACUGAUUCUGAAAGAAAUCAGUGGUGAGAUUGAAAUCGUCACGGAGAUGUUCACCGCUGAAGAGAAACUAAUUAUGGUAGUAAAGGUUAACGGGAAAGAAGCAGUUCGAGAAUAUACCAAAGUUGCACAAUUCUUGACCGCCAUUUAAAUAAAGUUAUUAAGUUCCAAAAUAUUUAAUAAAUACUAGUAAAAAUAA